AUAUUGUGUUUUUAUUAACUAUUGAAACCUACUGGCGAUAAAAUAAAUAGUUAAGCAAAUAAUGAUGGCGCGCCGCGGUGGAAAGCGCAUUCGGAUGGAUGAUCCGCCCCCAGAGUACGAGGAACUCCACAGCGAUGCUUUAAAUGAAAGCACUUCCGAUGCAGACAGUCCCACCAAGCGUAUGACCCGAUUGCGGGCUCGUGGCGGUGUACGGGACAAGCCUCCAAUUAUCGACGACGACGAGGAUGAGUUUUUCGCGCCAAUAGCCCGAAAGCGAAAGGCACCAGCUGUCAAAAAGCCGCCAGCAGAGCGAAAGGAACGCGUCGAGAGGCCACGCAAAGAGCCCGCGGAGAGAGCACACCACGAACGGAUUGACAACGAAAGAGAGAUAACUACAGACGAAAACAGCCUGUACUAUAUCGUGCGACACUCCAAGAGUCCCAUAGCGAAUAUUGUCGACCAAUGGAUAGAGCAAUACAAGACAAAUCGAGAAACAGCGCUGGUCGCUUUGAUGCAAUUCUUUAUAAAUGCCAGCGGCUGCAAGGGCAAGAUAUCGGAGGAUAUACAAUAUCCAGUGGAUCAUACAGCAAUCAUUCGACGAAUGACUGAGGAAUUUGACGAGGAGAGCGGUGAAUAUCCCUUAAUCAUGACCGGAACCCAGUGGAAAAAGUUCAAAAAUCAUUUUUGCGAUUUUGUGCAAACGCUCGUCAAGCAAUGCCAGUACUCCAUUAUCUACGAUCAGUUCCUGAUGGACAAUGUAAUUUCUCUGCUCACGGGAUUGUCUGAUUCGCAAGUGCGGGCCUUCAGGCACACGGCCACGUUGGCAGCCAUGAAGCUAAUGACUGCCUUGGUGGAUGUGGCUCUGCUUGUCUCGAAUAAUUUCGAUAAUGCUGCCAAACAGUUUGAGGCUGAGCGUGUAAAGUCUCGCGACCGUCGCGCCUCAGAUCGCUUGGAUUCCCUGAUGACAAAACGAUCAGAGUUGGAGGAGAACAUGGAUGAAAUCAAGAGUAUGCUGACCUACAUGUUCAAGUCCGUGUUUGUGCACCGCUACAGGGACAGUCUGCCAGAUAUACGGGCCAUUUGUAUGGCUGAGAUUGGCAUCUGGAUGGAAAACUAUCCGCAAAACUUUUUGGACGACUCUUACUUGAAAUAUAUUGGCUGGACGCUACACGAUAAGAUUGGUGAGGUGCGUCUGCGCUGUCUGCAGUCGCUGCUGCCGCUGUACGAAAAAGAAGAACUGAAGGGAAAACUGGAACUCUUCACCUCGAAGUUUAAGGAUCGAAUUGUGGCCAUGACACUGGACAAGGAGUUCGAAGUGUCUGUUCAUGCCGUCAAGUUGGUGAUCAGUAUAUUAAAAAUACAUCCAGAGAUUUUGGCCGACAAGGAUUGUGAGAUUGUGUACGAGCUGGUCUAUUCGUCCCAUCGUGGCGUAGCCCAGGCGGCCGCCGAGUUUCUAAAUGUUCGAUUAUUUCAUCUGACCAACGAUAUGGAAGAGACUAAGACCAAACGAGGCAAGGUACGCCUGCCAAAUACUCCUUUAGUGCGAGAUUUGGUUCAGUUUUUCAUUGAAUCCGAGCUGCACGAACAUGGCGCUUACCUGGUGGACUCCUUCAUCGACAGUAAUGAGAUGGUCAGGGACUGGGAAUGUAUGACAGAUCUGCUGCUGGAAGAGCCGGGUCCCAACGAGGAGCUCCUCGACAACAAGCAGGAGUCGACGCUCAUUGAGAUCAUGGUUAGCAGCGUCAAGCAAUCGGCCUCUGGGGAGGUUCCAGUGGGACGUGCAAGUAAUCGGAAAUUCACAUUCACCGCCAAAGAGCUCAAGGCCAUUCAGGACGAGAAGGCCAAGCUGACGGAGCAUUUUAUUGUCACGCUACCCGCCUUGCUAGAGAAAUAUCAAGCGGACAGCGAAAAGUUGGCCAAUCUCUUGGCCGUUCCCCAGUACUUUGAUCUCAAUCUGUAUACGACAAAUCGUCAGGAGAGUAAUCUGCAGGCACUGCUCGAUAAAAUCAAUCAGGUAAUGAGCAUGCACACUGGCAGGGAUGUGUUGGAGACAUGCGCCAAGACCCUGGAAUGCCUCUGUGCCGAGGGUAGUGCCACCUACACGCGUUGCAACAUUGCCCGCUCCAACAUUAUCGAGAGCGCUGUCAAUAAGUACAAGGAUGUCAUCGAAGAGUGGCGCAAUUUGAUUCAGGGUGAGGAGACCCCCAACGAGGAUGAUAUCUACAAUAUAACCAUCGCCUUGAAGGUUCUCUCCAUUCUGUAUUCCUCGCACAAUCUCAAUCCAUGGGAUUUGUUCAAGUCCCUGUUUCAGGACGUUGAGGAGGCGCAGUCCAAGGACAAUGUCGAACGUUGCCUUCCCAACGAAGCUCUGGCUUAUUGCAUUGAGGCCUGCUACUUCUCCAUUAGCUGGGGCCUCUACUACGUGGAGAACGACUGUGAAGCGCUCAAUGUGGCCGAUGUGGUGGCUGAGCUGCGCAGCAAUUUAGAUAGCUUCAUGUCGGCCUGCUUUGAGCUAACACGUGAUGGACCCACAGUGCAAAUACAAGAGGCGGCAUACCAAUCCAUCUGUGAUCUCCUGAUCAUCUUCUCCGAUCAAUUGGGACGCAGCGAGAUCGAGCACAUACGUAGCUUGGAGUACAAGUCGCGGAUGGAUGAGCAUCUCAUACUGGACAACUUUGUGCAGCAUUAUGUUUUCUCGCUGAAGCAAGAUGCCGUCCAGGACGAGACGCGCAUCGAGGAAUUACACAAGAAGCGAAACUUCCUUGCGUGCUAUUGCAAACUGGUGGUCUACAACAUUAUACCCACAAUGCGAGCAGCCACAAUAUUUAAAUAUUAUGUUAAGUGCUACAAUGAUUAUGGUGACAUAAUUAAGGCCACGCUAGGCAAAGCACGUGAGAUCAACAAAGUCAACUUUGCCAUGACCCUGCUUCUCAGUUUAAUCACUGUAUUCAAGACGCUCCUCGAGCAGAGCGAAGACGGCACAGUAUCAAAGAGUUCACAAGAGUUUCUCGACCUUAAAGAGUUGGCCAAGCGAUUUGCUCUGACUUUCGGCUUCGAUGCGCUCAAGAAUCGCGAUCCGGUGGCGGCCAUCCAUCGCGGUGGCAUCUAUUUUGCUGCCAACAAGCAGCCCGAUGAUCCAGUGCGGGCACCCACACGUCUUUUGUUCCUGGAGGUGCUCAACGAAUUCAACUACAAACUGCUGAAGCAGGACAAGAAGGUGAUUAUGAGUUUCCUGGACAAGAUCAUACCACCUGGCAUGCCAUCGAGUCGUGCAGAGGAAUGGCAGCCCUUGGCUUUAUAUCGAAACUCUUUGCUGCAUGGGGAAACGGAUCAAACGGCGCCAGUUGCCACACGACGGGCUUAUGUACGCAAGCGGCGUGAUCAUGAUGAAGAUGAAGAAGAGGAAGAAGAUGAGGAGGAGCAUAAUGAUCCCGACUACAGGGGCUAAAAAUAAUAAUUAACAAUUCAAGUAGUUUUAAGAUUAAAGUAUACAAAUCUCAGCUUUUA